AUGGUGGAGAAUGAGACAUGGUUAAAGGUGAAGUGUUUGAGGUCUGAUAAUGGUGGUGAGUAUGUAGACAAAAGCUUCAAAGAGUUCUAUGCUGUUACUGGGAUCAGAAUGGAGAAGACUAUUCCUAAAACCCCACAACAGAAUGGUUCUGAUGCUAGAAACAAGCUUAAUCCAAAGUCAAAAAAAUAUACUUUUAUUGGGUAUGGCACUGAUGAGUUUGGUGAUCAAAACCGGAAGAUAAUUAGAAGCAGAGAUGUCGUGUUCAAUGAAAAAGUAAUGUAUAAGGAUAAGUUAGCAUUAGAUUCUACUAAUGAAGGUGCUCAUACUGAAAAUGAUGAGCUUGUUGAGUUGGAGGAAAUCUCCGAGGAAAAUGUGCAGAGGAGACGUUUCUUAGCUUCUUUACACUAUUUGUUGUUAUCUGAUGGUGGUGAACCAGAGAGUUAUGAUGAAGCAGUACAGGUUGGUGAUUCAACCAAGUGGGAGUCAGCUAUGCAGGAUGAGAUGGACCCACUCAUGUCAAAUCAGACAUGGGAGCUAACUGAACUACCAAGGGCAAGAAGGUUUUACAUAACAAGUGGGUUUACAGAAUCGAGGAAGAAUAUGAUGGCAACAAGCGCCCCUAGAAAGUGGUACAAGAAGUUUGAUGGAUUCACGUGCAGUAAUGGUUUCACUAGAUACUAUGCAGAUCAUUGUUGUUAUGUUAAGAGGUUUGACAACAGUUACAUUAUCUUAUUGUUGUAUGUUGAUGAUAUGUUGGUUGCUGGGUUAAGUCUUGAGGAGAUUAAAAAUCUGAAGAAACAAUUGUCUAUGCAUUUUGCAAUGAAAGAUUUGGGUGAAGCAAAACAAAUUCUUGGCAUGAGGAUUUGCAGAGACAGAAUGGGUGAUACUCUGAAGCUGUCACAAACACAGUAUGUUAAAAAGGUUCUCAGCAAGUUCAGCAUGCAAGAUGCAAAACCAGUGAACACCCCAUUAGUUAGUCACUUCAUCACAGCCAUGAUGCCUGAGUGGAGAGAUGCCACAUCAGUGCUGAGGGAGGCCACAUCUGACCGAAGAGAGACAACGACGUCCUCCAAGGUCUGUAUAUGCUUGCCUAGGCUAGGUGUCUAUGCUGGAGCAUCAGGGAUGACUGGGUCAGGAGAAUGA